UUCUUUCUUCUUCUUCGUCGUGUUCAUUCAUAAGACCCAUAAUUCUGAUACCAAUCGCUAUAAAUACUCCUCUGCUUCAAUCUUUGGUUGUUGCGAUCCGAGAAAACGGUUUUUUGAUAACGACAACUUCUCAGAACUCGAAAGUUUGUAUCUUUAAUGGCGAAGAAGAGUAUACUUGUUACUGGUGGAGCUGGCUACAUCGGUAGUCAUACUGUUCUUCAACUUUUGCUUGGUGGGUUUAAUACUGUUGUUGUUGAUAAUCUUGAUAACGCUUCUCAAAUCGCUAUUGAACGAGUCAAAGAACUCGCUGCUGAUUUUGGCAAAAACCUUUCUUUUCAUAAGAUUGAUCUCCGUGACAAACCAGCACUUGAGAAAAUCUUUUCUGAAACAAAAUUUGAUGCUGUUAUACAUUUUGCUGGAUUGAAGGCAGUUGGUGAAAGUGUGAAAGAGCCAUUGCGUUACUAUAACAACAAUUUAAUUGGGACAAUUUCUCUGUUGGAAGUUAUGGCUGCCCAUGGUUGCAAGAAGCUUGUCUUCUCCUCAUCAGCAACAGUUUAUGGUUGGCCAAAGGAGGUUCCAUGCACAGAAGAGUUCCCCAUUGGUGCAGUGAAUCCAUAUGGACGAACUAAGCUUUUUAUUGAGGAAAUCUGUCGUGACAUAUACCAAUCAGAUUCAGAAUGGAAAAUCAUAUUGCUAAGAUAUUUCAAUCCUGUUGGAGCACACCCUAGUGGAUAUAUCGGUGAAGAUCCUCGCGGAAUUCCAAACAACCUGAUGCCAUUCGUGCAGCAAGUUGCUGUUGGGAGGAGGCCAGCCUUGACAGUUUAUGGGAAUGAUUACUGCACAAAAGAUGGAACUGGGGUACGUGACUACAUUCACGUUGUUGACUUAGCCGAUGGGCACAUUGCUGCAUUGCAGAAACUCGACGAUGCAAAAAUAGGUUGUGAGGUGUACAAUCUAGGAACGGGAAAAGGAACGUCGGUGUUGGAGAUGGUUGCAGCAUUUGAAAACGCGUCUGGGAAGAAAAUUCCUCUUGUGAUAGCUGGAAGACGGCCUGGUGACGCCGAAGUAGUUUAUGCAUCGACAAAGAAGGCGGAAGCUGAAUUGAACUGGAAGGCGAAAUUUGGUAUCGUCGAAAUGUGUCGGGAUCAAUGGAACUGGGCUAGCAAAAAUCCUUACGGCUAUGAAUCACAAGAAAACAGCAACUGAGUAAAGAAAAUGAAACAGAAGUUGAUACUUGUAACCAUAUAAUAAGCUCUCUCUAUUUUUAAAAAUCUAUAUAUAUAUAUAAAUAUAAAUAUAUAUUAUUUAACUGGUAUUUAAUUUAGUGAUAAUAUUGUCACCCGGUGUGUCCAGCUUUGGCCAUUGUAGGAAUACAGAGCUUUUGUUGGCAGACCCUGUGAAAGCUGAUAGCCAUUGAGGUGUAUAUCAUUAUAUAGAAUAAGAAUUUAUAAUAAUAAUAAUAGUAAUAAUUAUAGUUAAAUUUUAGUACCAAUUCUUUCAACAUUCUUUUGACUGGUUCAAUUUUAUAAAGUAUUUUUCAUGGAA